UGCAACAUUUUCUCCUGCUGCUCAAGUGAAUUCAACUUCCCAGGAUUCAGGCAAAGAAGAAAUCCUGAUGCCUAGAAUUGGCUACACAAUAUUAGCUAUUAUCAUGGCAGUAUUCUGCACUGCAGCUAUCAUCCUCAAUGCUACCGUUAUUCUGGUGACAAUUCGUCACAGGCAGCUAAGACAGCCCAUAAACUAUUCUUUGGUGAAUUUAGCAGUCGCUGACCUGGGUGUUACUGUGACAGGGGGGUCACUGACCGUGCUGACAAAUGCAAUGGGCUACUUCAGCCUAGGCAGAAUAGGAUGUGUAAUUGAAGGAUUUUCUGUGGCUUUUUUUGGCAUUGCAGGACUGUGCACUGUUGCAGUGAUUGCAGUGGAUCGCUUCAUGGUGGUGUGCAAGCCCCUGGGAACAGUCAUUUUUCGCACAAGACACGCUACGGUGGGGGUGGUGUUUUCCUGGGUAUGGUCCUUCAUUUGGAACACGCCCCCUCUGUUUGGCUGGGGUAGCUACCAGCUGGAGGGCGUGAAGACCUCCUGUGCCCCAGAUUGGUACAGCAGAAACCCUGCCAACGUCUCCUUCAUUAUUUCUUACUUCACUUUGUGUUUCGCUGUGCCAUUCACCAUCAUUGUGUUCUCAUAUUCACGUCUCCUGUGGACAUUAAAAAAGGUUUCCAGUCUUGGAGUAGCCAAAGGGGGCACCACUGCCAAGGCUGAGGUUCAGGUGACACGCAUGGUUAUUAUAAUGGUGCUGGCCUUCCUCAUCUGCUGGCUCCCCUAUGCAGCUUUCGCUAUGACAGUGAUUUUCAAUCCGGAGAUCGAGAUAAACCCAAUCAUUGCCACUGUUCCGAUGUACCUCACUAAGAGCAGCACGGUCUACAACCCUCUCAUCUACAUUUUCAUGAACAGACAGUUUCGAGACUGUGCAGUGCCAUUUUUGCUGUGUGGAAGAAAUCCAUGGGCCGAAGAACUUGAGGAACCAGAAGGAGACACCACCCUCUCCACUGUCAGCAAAAGUAAUAAUAAAGUUGCACCCACAUAAAAAAACUAUUUGAAUUUAAUUACUUUACUUUAGUGAUAUCCUACCACUCAUUCUUCUAAAUCUGUUCUUCAGCAUAUGAUUUAUCUAAAAUUAAUGAGAAGCCAUUUUUAAUUAUGAGAUUAAUGCAUUUUAUAAUGGAAUUUAAAUUCUGCACAUUAUAACAGCUAAUGGGUGCUAUAUUGUUGUUGUGAAUGGGGUGGGUAACUUAGAUUCCUUAAAAACCAUGUGUUUAAUCUAGCUUCUUAAAUGAGAAUGGAUCUAAAUCUUUGAACUAUAUGAUGUGAUUAUAUUUGUGUAAUGAGUAUUUGUGUUUGUAUUAUUUACUGGUUGCAUGCUUGACGUCCAGCAUUAAUAAAAGUUCUCUGUUUCUGAUACA